UGUGAUUCCUUCUUUCAACUUACGGUUAUUCGCCAUGGUUAAUAUUCCCAAGACGCGUAACACCUACUGCAAGGGUAUCAAGUGUCGUAAGCACACUCCCCACAAGGUAACUCAAUACAAGGCUGGUAAGGCUUCUCUUUUCGCUCAAGGUAAGAGACGUUACGAUCGUAAGCAAUCCGGUUAUGGUGGUCAAACCAAGCCCGUUUUCCACAAGAAGGCCAAGACUACCAAAAAGAUUGUCCUCCGUUUGGAAUGUACCAAGUGCAAGUACAAGAUGCAACUCCCUAUCAAGCGUUGCAAGCACUUCGAAUUGGGUGGUGACAAGAAGACCAAGGGUGCUGCUCUCGUUUUCUAAAUGGUUUAUCUCUAGUUUAGGAUCUUUCCUUUUAUCGAAAAUAAAAACUCCAUUUCUAUCACUUAAAUGAAC